AUGAAACUUUCAGCCGUCCUUUUUCUCAGUGCCGUCUCCACGGUGCUGGCAGGGAAGACCCUGGUGUUCCCCACUGAGACCAGUACCAGUUAUGUUGAGAUGACCCCUCUGAAACCGCUCAGUCUGAGUGCCUUCACUCUGUGCAUGCGUGUGGCCACAGAGCUCAGCGGUGAACGUGAGAUCAUCCUCUUUGCGUACCGGACUCAAAGCUUUGAUGAGCUCAAUGUGUGGCGCGAGCUGGACGGCAGGUUGUCCUUCUACUUGAGUGGAGAUGGCGUUUUAUUCAAAACUCCUGAGCUCGGUGCCAUGGAGACCCACCUGUGUUUCACCUGGGACUCCAGUUCAGGUGCGGCUGCCGUCUUCGUGGACGGGAGGAAAAGCAUGACCAAAAUUUACGGGAAGGGUCACACUAUCCGCUCCGGAGGCAAAGUUAUCCUUGGACAGGAUCCAGACGCUUACUUUGGUGACUUUGAGGCCAAACAGAGUUUUGUUGGGGAGAUCGGUGAUGUCAAUAUGUGGGACACUGUCCUCUCAGACAGCACGAUCCGAGACAUGUUCAAUGGGAAGAAAGUAGAGAGAGGAAACGUUUUUGACUGGGAAAGCACACAGCUUAGAAUUAAUGGGGAAGUGGAAGUUGUUAACCGUGAGCUGUAGCUGUACACGACAUGCUGGAGUAAUGUCAGUAAUGUCAAACAAGGCAAUAUAAAGCUCUGCAGCCAAUGGAAAUAGCCACAUUACAUGUAUGUAUGUAUACAUUAUGUGAAGUAGAUGAUUUGUUGAUUAAAAUGCAUCUGUGCACCAAUAUCUAA